AUGGUUGAUGCUCUUGCUUCUAUCCGAAAUGAACUACGUCAAAUGAAAGGUCUUCUCAAUGAAGACAAGCUGGAAUUCAUUAAUAGAUUGAACCAAAUUCGAAAUGCUGUUUUCGAUCAUAUUGAUCGGCAAAUUCAAAAAUUAAAUGAAACAAAACAAAUCUAUGAAAAAAAAUUCAGCUAUCUCGAAGAUGAAAAUAACAAAACAUGCGACCAGAAUCAGCGUGAAUUCGAUCGAACAUAUGAAAAUAACAAAACAUGCGACCAGAAUCAGCGUGAAUUCGAUCGAACAUGUAUAUUAAUUAAUCGAACUAAUGAAGACAAGGCGAAAGCAUCGGAUCUGUUGAAACAAUUCAAAGAUAAAUUUCCACAUCGACCUCAAAUGUUAAAAGAUAUUCCUGAAUAUGAUUUCAAUGAUAUUUCUCUCGUUGAUUUCAUCAAAGACAAAGCGAUUCCAGUUAUCGUACCCGAACAGAGCAACACGCCUCAUUCUUCGUUUCUUCCAAUUAGAGAUUCCAGGGAAACACCACCGACCAGUUCUAUAGGUCAGUCAAAACGGGAAGAACUCGCUAAAAGAAACAAUGAAUCGACGACCAGAUCACCGUCACGUAGUUUACAGUCUGGUCUUUCACCGACGUCAAAAUCGAAUUAUAUGAUCGAUCUUUUGUUUAAAAUACCUUAUCCAAAUAAUGGAAAUUCUCGUUUGAUAGCCUACGAUGAACAGAAAAAUGACUUCGUGAUCUAUAUAACCCAGUCUCAUAAACUCGAAUAUUUGCCACGCCGAUCACGUCAAAUAGUACCUAUCAGUCUGCCAUUUAAUGAAGCCAUACUCAACCUUGGUUAUUCAAAACUGCAUCAUCAACAAAUGGAAAUUGUUCAAGACAUUGAUUUGAUUCAUGAGCAAGACCAUUUCAUUAGCGCACAUAUCUACAAAACUAUCAUCGUAUUUCUCUACUUAUCUCAAUCUAAAGUGAUAUGUGGGAAAUAUGAUUUGGACACGUCAUCUGUAAUUCAACGGAUGAAUUUGGAAAGUAAACUUUAUGACCCGAACGAGAAAAAGAAGUAUCAUGUAACCGAUUUUACAAUCAACGACUCGUUUAUAGCUUUCUUAGUACGGUUGAGAUCGGAGACACCUAAAUGGAUGAUUGCAGUUUAUGAUGCUAAGAAUAUCGAAAGAAUUUGUUCAUUUGAUUUAAUCGAUCCUUACCAUCCACUAUCAAUUAUUUCUGUUGAAACGAAAGAUUCGACGUGUAAUGAUGAUAUGGAAAAUUCAUUUUUACUCAUCAAUGAUCCGAAAAGUCAUCAGAUACAUUGUUGUAAUUAUCAACAUUAUCAAUCAUCGAUUCACAUCAAUGCUUUUGGAAUUUGUACACUAACCGACGGAAACAUAGGAUUAAUUGGAAGUAGAGAUAUUCGAGGAUUAAAAUUCCAGGAAUAUCUCAAACAAAAUAAUCCCAACUUAUCUUCCUCUCAUGAUUAA